CCGUCUAUAAUGGAUUUCAAAAAACUAUUUCCUUUAUUAUGAAAUACUAAAAUUGACAACGGAAGUACUUUUUCAACUCAGAACUUUACUUGUCGUUGAUUGGUCAGUGAGGAGGAAGUAACUGGAUGUAACAGUGUUAGCUUGAGUUGCUAAGACCGGGGGGGAAAGCGGCUCAAAGUUUAUGUAAAAAUAGGUAUAUAGUUGAUGUCUCAGACUCUCUGCUGGACAAAUAUCACUGCUGGGUAUGUAUUUUGAACCUUGAUCACUAUGACCAAUUCUAAUUGAACAGUACGUAUUGUAAUUAGCCUUCAUUAGCACAGUUAAUGGACCAUUAUUCAUUAACUGUGCGUAUUAGCGCAAAGCAACUAAUAACAACGUUCAAGCUUUUAAAAGUUAAUACUUUAGUGCUGGAGUUCACUGUCGGACUUGUGGGGAAGACCACAUUGGCUGUGGACUAACCUUGUUGUCCAGCUGAGGACAGAGUGGACCCAGGACUACUGAUUAAGAACAGAAAAACAGAAGAUCCAGAUCAUAUGACUUCUAGAGCAUGUGAAGGUUGAAGACAAGGAUUGUGUAAAGGGGAAUCCCAAGUGGAGUGAGGAUGACUGAGAUGAUGAAGGUUGAAGCAGAUGAUCCUGGAGGGUUCAGCUUGGAGCCUCCCGUACCUGCAGCAUCCACAUCAGAGCCUGAGGAGGAAACGCGUGACAGCAAAGAUCUCAUGUUUCCACUCCAUCAGAUGUUGGUGAUCAAAGCAGACGUUCCCCAUGAUUGGAACGCCAGUUUGGACCAGCAGGACCCAGAGCCCCCCCACAUAAAGGAGGAAGAGGAGGAACAAUGCAUCAGUCAUAAGGAAAUGCAUCUUACUGUGAAGAGGGAAGAUGACGAGAAAACCGAGUUAUCAGAGCGUCUUCAGAUCAAGACUGAAGACAGGAGCUCAGCUGAACAGCUGGAAACACAACCAGAACCAGAUGGGAACCCAGAUCUAGCACGUCCCAAUCCGAAAAGUAAGAUAAUGGUUCACAGAAGAGGUAAAAGACAUAAACUGUGUUCCAAGCUUUCACCUAAGGGCCACAUGAGAGAGAAAUCAUUCGGUUGCGAUGUUUGUGGCAAGCGAUUUAAACGUGAGACUAAUUUUAAAUUGCACAUGGUGAUUCACAGCGAAAAAACGGAACACAUCUGCAAUAUUUGUAGCAAAGGAUUUAAAGCGAAGCGUUCCCUUGAGACGCAUAUGAGGCGGCACACUGGGGAGAAGCCGUUUGCGUGUGACGUUUGCAGCAGAAGGUUCCAUGCAAAGAGCAAUCUCACAAGUCACCUGAAGGUCCACUCGGAAGAAAAACCCUUUUCUUGUGAUGUUUGUGGUACGAGGUUUAUAAGAAACGAAAAUCUCAAGAGGCACAUGUGGAUCCACACGACAGAGAAACCGUUUAUCUGUAGUGUUUGCAGUAAAGGAUUCUCACUGCAGCAGAGGCUUGAAACUCACAUGCGCGCUCACAAGGGGGAGAAACUAUUCAUGUGCAGCGUUUGUAGUAAAGGAUUUUCCCGACACGAGAAUCUGAAAAGACACACGCGCAUACAUACAGGCGAGAGGCCGUUUGUCUGCAGUUUUUGCAGCAAAGGGUUUUCACUACAAGAGACACUGAAGAGCCACAUGCGUGUUCACACGGGGGAGAAACCGUUCAUUUGCAGUAUUUGCAGUCAAGGAUUUUCUCUCCAGCAGAAUCUGAAGAGUCACAUGUACGUCCAUACAGGGGAGAAACCGUUCACUUGUAGUGUUUGUAGUAAAGGAUUUUCUCGGCAGGUGUACCUAAAAAGUCACUCAAAGGUUCAUACGGCACCGUUUAGCUGUAGUGACUGCGGUAAAUGUUUUAUGAAUGAGAUGCAGCUACAGCGGCAUGUGAGGUUCCACUCAGAGGAGAGACCGUUCAGUUGUGAUGUCUGCAAAAGCAGAUUUAAUCAGAAGAUUCAUCUGGAAAGUCACAUGAGAGUCCAUUCAAGAGAAAAACCGUUUGUUUGCAGCGUUUGCAGUAAAGCGUUUUCCCGUCCUGGGGAUCUGAACAGACACAUGGGUGUUCAUAAGGGCUGCAGCUAAUGACUGAGAAAUCUGUCCAUAUGCUUUUAGACAGUCAACUGUUAUUUUAAGUCCCUGCUCUCUGGAGGAUUAUCCUCUGACAGUGUUUGAAACCUUUUGAAAAUGUUUCACUUCUUUGAUCAGCUGUAAGUUAAAAUAUGGAAUACAUUAAAGUUGGAAUGAGCACAGUUUGUCCAAAUGAGUUAAAAUAAAAAUCCUUACAUCGUUACACGUUGUUUUAAGGCAUGGCUGAAGUUCAUUAAUGUUGCCACAAGAUGGCAGCAAUACACUAAAACCGCGAGAGCCUUCCGUAAGAGGCUGCAGAUUUUAUGUAUCAGAGUUCUGAAUGAAGCGGAAACGAAUCCACUGCAAAUAAAAAUCAAAAUGAGCAAUAACAAUGAUAAUAAUAAGCUGUACAAGACAAUUACAUAAAAUACUGUCCAGUUAUUACAAAUAAAAAUUCUUAUUUUUUUUAUUGAACUGGCAGGAGGCGACAGCAGAGGUCCACCAGUGCUGAAAACAUGGAAAUUAUUUCACAAAGUUUGAAAGAAAAAAAAACAAAGAACAGCGUGUACAGUAAAUGAUCAGACAUUCAAAUCUGAUUGUCAUAUUGUUAUGCUGCCUGGGCAUCAUGUGACAUGUGUUGCUCUUCUCAUUGGUGCUUCUGAUCUCCUGAAGGGAGAUGACACAACUACAGUAUCUUCAGUUCAAGAGAAUUUUGUUUUGAUAUAUCUGAAUUAAUAACAUGUCAUAAAACAGUAACCUUUUCUUUUUUAUUGUAUUUAAUUUCUUAGAAUUAUCCACCAGCCUUAAGGCAUGCUCUGUGAAACUGGUUUUCUGUGAACACUAAAAAAUAUUAAAGGGGAAAAUGUUUUGUUCAAGAAGGGUGUUAAAAGCUAGCAAUACAAUUGCUACUUAGUGCCUGCCUUAAUAAAAACAAAUAAGAUGUAAAAUUAUACAUGUCCAAUGUGUGUAAAAAAAAAUAAAAUCCGGAAUCUCCCAAUUUAAUAUAAUUGUCCUCUUUGCCCUGUUUAUCGUGUUUUUAAAUAGGAUACAUGUUGGAUCGUACCAACGCUUUUAGUGUUGAGUCUAAAAUGUGAAUACAUUUAAAUAAUGGAUAUUAUGUCGUUAUUUGUACAUUUGUUCAAUAUAAAAUAUGUAGUCUGUCAUUAGAAUGAUUUUUGUGUAAUAAGCUGGAUGCAAUGGACUAAUAGUGGAGCUCUGCAAACUACAAAACCGUGUAUUUCUUCCAACCAGCAGAUCUCACUCCAUGCAGCGUGUUCAGCUUGGUGUUUUUGCUUUGUCAGCAUCUUUUCAUUUUUUAGAGUUGUAUUUAUGUAACUAUUGCAGAGAAAGACUUUGCUGCAAGCAGUGAUCAUGAACAGAAUUGUUUAUUGGAUUCAAGUCUGUUUUAGAAAACCGUCCUCUGUAGAUGGGAGUGAUUACUUUGGUAAAUAAAUAUUAAAAAAUGUCUUGGUUGUAA